GUCCAACACUGAAGGCAUAGGGAGAGAGAGUUCUCGAGGAAGAAGAAAAAGAGGUGAAAUAUAGAGAGUGAAGAAGAAGAAAUAGAGGGUUUUGGUGUUUGGUGUUUGAAUCGUGAAAAUGUUCAGAAACCAGUAUGACACGGACGUGACGACAUGGAGCCCGGCGGGGAGGCUGUUCCAGGUGGAGUACGCGAUGGAGGCGGUGAAGCAGGGCUCGGCGGCGAUAGGGCUCCGAUCCAAGACCCACGUGGUCCUCGCAUGCGUCAACAAGGCUAACUCCGAACUCUCAUCGCACCAGAAGAAGAUCUUCAAGGUCGACAACCACAUCGGCGUCGCCAUCGCCGGCCUCACAGCCGACGGCCGCGUCCUCUCCCGCUACAUGCGAUCCGAGUGCAUCAACUAUAACUACACCUACGAGUCACCGCUCCCCGUAGGGAGACUCGUCGUUCAGCUCGCCGAUAAGGCUCAGGUUUGCACCCAGCGGUCAUGGAAACGGCCUUAUGGAGUUGGACUCCUGGUAGCUGGAUUAGAUGAAUCGGGAGCUCACCUCUAUUACAACUGUCCCAGUGGAAACUAUUUUGAAUAUCAGGCUUUUGCUAUUGGGUCUCGCUCUCAAGCUGCAAAGACAUAUUUGGAACGCAGGUUUGAGAAUUUUGUGGGCUCUUCACGAGAAGAUCUGAUCAAAGAUGCACUUAUUGCAACUAGGGAGUCCUUGCAAGGUGAAAAACUCAGGAGUUCUGUGUGCACAAUUGCUGUGGUUGGUGUUGGUGAGCCAUUCCACAUUUUGGAUCAGGAAACUGUUCAACAGUUGAUUGAUACUUUUGAGAUUGUGAAGGAGGAAGAAGCUGCUCCAGCUGAAGAAGAAGCUCAGCCAGCAGCCGAACAGGAUGCUCCAACAGAUCCAGGUGCUGCUGCUGCAGAUCAAGGUGGUGGUGCUGCUGCUGUAGACCAAGGUGGUUCUCCUAUGGACAUCUGAUAAUUUAAAAUUAAGCACUAGAGGUGUUGAAUACCAAUAUCUAAAGACGAGUAGGUUUCAUGUGCCAUGGGACAAGAUAUUUCUUUGAUGGAUUUUUCUUCUUCUUAAUCCUGUUUGUUUUUGCAAUUCAUCCAUGUCUGAUCAUUGUACACGAUUUUAUAGCUGUUUGAUGAACUUGAAUGCAUGAUUUACAACAAUUAAUUGAAAUUCAGGCUGAAAAAAAUGUUGGGCAAACUCUUUA